GUCGGAGAUAUUUGGUGAGAAAACAGGAAGUGUAGUGGUUCACAACUUCCGGCCAUGUGUGCUCCGAGUCCAUCGCCGCUAAUCUCGUGGCUCUUGGACUAAAACAAUCUUAUUAGUAGACAAAAUAGCACAUAAUUAACAUUCUGUCAGUUGAUCUGAAGAAAAAAAGGGUUGCUGGAUUUGGUGCUCGAACGCAGCUAAGAUGGCGGAGAUAGUUCAACAGCGUAUCGAGGACAGAAUUCCUGAGUUGGAGCAACUGGAGAGAGUGGGGCUCUUCACCAAGAAAGAAGUCAAAACCAUCAUCAAAAGAAUCACAGCGCUGGAGUACAAACUCCACAGGCUGAUUGUCACCAAAGACGACUUUAUCGCAUACAUACAGUACGAAAUCAACGUCCUGGAGCUGGUCAAAAAGAGGAGAGCGUGCAUACGAUACACACACAAGAAGGAGGAGAUUGAUUUUGCCAUCAUACAUAGAAUCAAUAGUGUCUUCAGAAGGGCAACAAACAAGUGGAAGAAUGAUGUGCAACUUUGGCUCUCGCACGUUGCCUUCUGUAAGAAAUGGGCAUCAAAGGGGCAGCUCAGCAAGGUGUUCUCAGCCUUGCUGGCCAUCCACCCUGAUAAACCAGCACUUUGGAUCAUGGCUGCUAAGAUGGAGCUGGAAGAGAGACGUUCCUUUGAUAAUGCACGUCACUUGUUCCUUAGGGCGCUACGCUUCCACCCAGGCAACAAGAAGGUCUACCAGGAGUACUUUCGCAUGGAGUUGUUGCACUGUGAGAAGCUGAGGAAGAAGAAGGAAGGACUGGAGAAAGCUCAGAUAGACACUAGUGAAUUUGAGUAUUCUCCAGAGAUUCUGAGUGGGAAACUAGCAAUGGUGGUGUAUAAAGAUGCCAAAGACAUAAACAAAGAGGCAGAGUUUAUCAUCUCACUGCUGAAUAUCGCAUGUAUCUUUGACUUCACCAAAGACUUCCAAGAGUCCAUCCUGCAGGACCUAAAAAACAACUUCCUGGAUGACAGUGCCACCUGGGACUUCUUGGCCAGGAGGGAGCUUGAGGCUCCGGUAACAGGACAGGAACUUCAGACCGCCAAAAUGCGGGCCUUGGAGGUUAACCGACGGGAAGAGCAAUGCUGUCAGAUGUACGAUAAAGGCCUUGAGGGACUCAACACUGAACCCAUGUGGACCUACUACGUGGCAUUCUGUCUGGAGAGAGUGAAAAGGAAGACAAAUGUCCAAGAGCUGAAGGACAAGAGGCAGGAGAGGCUAAUGGGAGUCCUGAGGCGAGCCCACGACUCAUCACUGCUAAAAGAGGAUUAUUACAAGAACUGGCUGCAAAUCCUGCUGUCAUCAGGAGAGACAGAGAGCGCGACUGAGAUCGCCAUGGCAGUCACGCAGCGCUACAGCCAGUCGGUGUCGGUGUGGAGCCUGGCCUUGCAGACGCUGAUGCAGCUGGGGAGGGAUGACGCUGGGCCACUGUUCCAGGACGCGCUCACACACAUCCAUCCCAAGGAGAGCUUACCAAUUUGGCAGCUGCAGGUCGAGUGGAGCAUAGCCAACCAGAAACCUGAGGAGACAGAGGCCAUCUUCAAGCGAGGUCUGCUAUCUGCAGUGGCAGACGUUGCCAUGGAGAUGAAAGAGUGCUACCUCGAUUGGUCAUACUCCACCGGAGGCUACAAGAAAGCUCGAAAGACUUUUACCAGUUUACAGGAUAGCAGACCUCUUUCCAAGCCUUUGUUCACCAGAAUAAUUCUGAUUGAGAAAGAACAAGAAUCUCCAAGGAUGAACUAUCUGAGGAACUACUAUGAAAGGGCCCUGCAAGAGUUUGGCUCCUCAGAUGAAGAUUUGUGGCUCCAGUACAUCCAGGAGGAGAUGGGGCCCCUCGGCCAACUGGAGAACUGUGGCAAGAUCCACUGGAGAGCCAUGAAGUUCCUGGAGGGGGAGAGCGUGGAGAGAUUCACCACCAAAUACACGCUCCUUCAGACCGGACACCUUGGAAUCCAUUGAAACCACACAAGUCGACUUGUCAGUGUUGAGCAGGAGUUGGUCUGCUUGAGGAAAUCACAUGAGCCGUUGGCUGGUUCCACAGUCCAUCCUUGGGAAUUUGUUCACCGUUAUUUACUGAACAUGAACUGUUUUUUGAUGUCCUAUGUUCGGGAUGGAAUUCCAGAGAGACAUGUUGAGUUGCAGCUUGCUUCCAAAGAGCCAUGUUGGGAACAUGUACGAUUCCAAGAAGGUUCUAAACCAAUGGAUGUUGUCUUAUUGAGUACACACUUGGAUGGCCUUCAAAUAAAACUAAUUCAAUUCUUCUCAGUAG